GUGUUAAGGGGACCACGUGCCUCUCGCCUCUCGUUCCAUGUGUUCGGCCUAGCUCUCGUAAAAAACGUUCGGAGGAGAUUUUACAGUGGGAUGUGCCUAUCCGUCGCCUUGGCUUGAGAGAGAGAGUCGAAUUCUUUUGUGUGAAGAAACUACAAGGAUGACAGAGAGGACGGGUGGAGGGUUCCUGAAGGAGUCUUCCACGGACUUCUUCAAGCGUUCGUCGUCCGUGGAGAUCCUUACGCCCACGAACGGACAGCUCCUGGCGCGGCGUCCCAACAUCAGCACGAGCCACCUGCCGGAGCCGGUGACCAAGAGCAAGACCAAGAGCGAGGUCGCGCCCGAACUGACCCCGCCAGACCGGCAGACGUCGGCGAGCACCGGGACCCUCGCCCUGUCGUCUAAAAAUGGCGCGCCGAUGCAAAAUGGAACAGUAUCCCCUCGCAACCAACGGAGCUUAGAAAACGUGCGCCUCGGGGAAAAGCUUCCCAAACCCCAGAGGAGAAAGGGGGCGCAACUCCCUCCCUUACAUAUGCCCCAAGCAAAUGCCCCGACGCCCCCCAACGCCACGCCCCAAGGCACCCCCAUCAUCGGCGAGAGGGGGCAUAUCUUCACCAUCUCCAGCGCCGUGCCAGACGACCCUAUUUCGAAGAACCAUCCCAGGAAAGAAAGCGGCCCUGACCUCAACCCCUUCGAGAAGAGGCGCCCUUCUGGAAAGACACCUGUGACGUCGCCGAAGGAGGAUGAGGACGAACCCGUGUGGCAGAGGAGGCUGUCUCAGCUGUUCGUUCCGCCCAGAGAGGACGAAUUCGAUCAUGAGAAAGAACUGCAGGAGACGACCUUCCUCCUGCCGAAGGACUCCCCGAAGCUAAAGCCACGAAGACCCGCCACGCCCACCGACGAGAUCCUGCCCAGUGACCACGCCCACAAGCCGUCUUCCUCAGCCCACGCCCACGCGGAGAAGGGGAAGAGCGACAGACAUGAUAAAGCGCCGGAAGGGAAGAUAAAUUUCAAGGACGUAAGGAAGAAGAGGAAGAACAAGAAAAUAGAAGAAGACGACGCUGAUCGCCUCUCGGUGCUUGACAAGCUCGAGAGUGGCAGGCAUGACAGUGACUUCGAAUCUUCAUCUUCGUCAUCGUCAUCCUCGUCUGAUUCCGAAGACGAUGAAGAGGCAGGCGGAGAUGACUACAUGUCUUGGGAUGACACUAUCUGCUCCAACCGCUCGGCGUACUUCAAGAUGUAUUAUACCCAGCGAGGUGUGAUUGGAGCCCAAGCUGAUAACAAGUCCAAAGCGUCUCGAGCAUCGUCACAGAAUUCCCUCUCGUCACUCAUAAGGGAGAGGAUGGGGAAACCAGACUCUCCAAAAUCCAAGACACGGGCCGACUUAGGUCUCAUGGUGCUUGUAGUAUUUCUCUUCAUUAUUAUAGUUGUUGGGAUUUCUCUCACAACGUACUUCUAUAACUUGCAUUUGCUGGAGCUCUCCAUCUUUAGUCAAAUCAAAUUUUUUGAAGCACCGAGAAUUCUUGAGAUAUACAACCCUGAUGGGAAGCCAGUUGUUAAGGCACAUUUAGGAACAUGGUUACCCAGUGACUCAAUUCCUGAAGACUGCACCCAUUAUCUUCAUUAUCUGCAGAAACACAACAGAUCAAUCACUCCCGGCGGACUUGACAAGGAAGAGGAGGAGUAUGAUGAUAUGGUAUGUCUCGAUUGGACGGCACUGGCUCGGGUUCAGCUCCGAAAACUGCCUUCCAUCAAUGACGUUCAGUGUUACUCUGUGUGGUGGGAGGCAGCAAGGGAAGACUUCACCCUCAAAGACUGCCUGAAAGUUGGAGGAGAUGAAGGAGCUUGGUGGGGUGGAGGAGAGAUGUCAGAUGGGGGCUAUCCUGUCACUAAUGCUAAUGUCCCACCCACCCAGAUGGUCACAGGCAAAUUGGGCAGAGACUCCUGGGGGCAGCUCCUAAGGCGUACAUGGCUCUCUGAAUUCUCAUCACUCUUGUCACUUCCAGAUAGUUUCAAGGGCCAUGUUUCUGUCAAUUAUGAGAAUGAUGGCCAGAUUUGCCUGGAGUCUCGGCCCCAACCUUCUAUUUCGUCUAGGCUUCCGGUACUGAAGUACAGGCUGUGUACAGCCCAAAAUCUUUCAGCAAUAACUUACCAUCUUCAUACUGAAGCUCUAGCUCAGAAGAAGACAGCUGUACAACCUCUAAAGAAUGUUUUAGUGAGGAAACCAAAAGUUAAAGAAGAAAAUAUAACUGUGUCAGUAAAUGGUUCAGCCCCUAAAGAUACACGAAUGGAAGAAGCAAAGGCCCGCGUCAGAGGAAGAAUAGACCAUCCUGUCUGGAUUCCAUGGAUGUCUUCAGAUCAACCUCUGCUUACCCAAGAUGCCAUCCUUCAGUAUGUUGAUAUGGUUGUCAACCUGACCUAUGGAUUCAAAGGUCAUGUUCUCCUUCCUCCAUCAUGGCAGUCGCAGCCUGGUGACCUGGUAUUUGACCCCAAGAGAUUUCCAGAUCCUGCUGUUAUGGCCAGGAAAAUAGAAGAAAAAGGUUUUAAAUUAGCUUUGACCAUUCAUCCGUUUGUGAGUGUCAAUGCUCCAACAUUUGAGAAGGGGACUCUGGAUGGCCUCUGGAUACGCCAACGUUUGUCAGAGCUCCCUGCACUCACAAACUAUGAGGACAUCUAUCCAUCUGCUGUAACAGACUUUAGCAACCCAAAGGCUAAACACUGGUUCUCGGUGCAACUCAGAAAAUUGAAAAGGAUGUAUAACAUUGACCGUUUCCACCUGAAGCCUGCAGAUUCCCAUGAUCUUCCAGCAUAUCAUGAAUAUCACAUGCCCAUUCCUGGUCCUGAUGCAAUACUGUCCUAUUUCAUGGAGUCUGUAAGUGCAGUGUCACCACCCAUCAGUACAGAAGGUGCUGUCAUGCCACCCGGAGCACCAACAUUCCUUACUCUUGGAAUCUCUGAUGGGUCCUGGGAAGGGCUGGAGACACUCGUUCCAAGGGUGCUGACCCUAGCCAUGCUUGGAUUCCCCUUCAUCGAUGUGGGACCAAUAGGUGGAGUCGCAAGAAUGGGACACAUACCCGAAAGGGAACUUUACAUUCGGUGGAUGGAAGUAGCAACAUUUCUUCCAGCAAUGCAGAUAUGUGUAUUGCCCAACAAGUAUGAUGAUGAAGUAAGAAGGCUUGCCGAGAAAUACAGCAAACUUCGGAAGACAGUUGUCCUGCCACGCCUAAGGAAAAAGAUCCCCGAAGCCCUAGAGAAAGGGACCCCUCUCAUCACCCCCCUGGCCCUGUUCUCACCCAACGACCCAGUUGCGGCACAGGUUUCAGACGAGUGGAUCCUAGGGACUGAUCUGUUGGUCGCCCCCAUCACCAACCGAACUCAAAGGACUCGGAACAUUUAUCUCCCAGCGGGCAUUUGGAAGGAUGAGAUCGAUGGGCACUUGCUCCGAGGUGGGCGAUGGAUCAAAAAUUACAAGCUUCCCCUGUCGGAAAUUGCGUACUUCACUUUCAAGUCCUUGCACAAUGAUCCAGCGUGAGGGACUAGACUUCAGUGUAAAUACAGAAAAGUAUUAAAAGUGAUGACUGAAAAUACUAACUUUUUUUUUUUUUUUUUUUUUUUUUUUUUUUUCAUGCUGUCUUUCCUUUAGGUUAGAAGGAGAGAAACUGUGCAUUACAGAGCAAUAACAAGCAAUAGAAACUAUUUCUUUUCUUAACAGAUCAAAAGUUAUCACUUUGCAAGUUAAUAUUAGCAUUUGCUAAUAGUUCAGCUACACAGUGAGAGUAUGGGAAAUUGUAUCAACCUUGUUUGUUGUGAUAAAAGGUAGUAUCUUUUCGGUUCAUUUAAUUCUGCCAUUAAAGUACUCUACCACUUAUGAUUAUAUGGUAGAAGCGAGCUAAAUACAUUCUGAUAACUCUAACCAGAAGCUAAUUUGUAACUUGGAUCUGUUGCUUGACAGAUCAAGGUCGGAAUGUCAUACGCAAGGUGUGUUCGAUUUUUUUGUAUAUUAGGUGCUACAACUAUUAUUCUGAGAUUAAAAAGACUUAAUGUAUAUAGUUAUAAUUCUAAAAAUUCAUGUAUAUAGAUUCUGAUAUUUAUACUUACAUGAGAUACAAAUGCAAUCAUGGUAUUCACCCGUGGAAUACUGUGAUUUUAUGCUGAAAUCUGUAAGGGUUGUGAUAGCUAACAUGUGUUGUAUGUUACGCAUUCUUGUACAGUGUAGACAAUAUUUGCUAAUAAUCUGUCCAGAGUGUAGAAUUGUUGAAGGUAAUGAUCAAAAUAAAAAGCUGUAAAAGAGAGUGUGAAAGCAUAGAGACAAUUGUAAAAGUAUUUCAAAGUCUUGCAUCCAGGUUAAAUAGUUCAGUUUGUACCAGUAAUUAUGGACUGUUGGGUUAUAUUUCCUUUACAUAUGUGGUGCUGAAUUUUUAUCGGAAAUUGAAACUGUGAAUGCUUAAAGUGUCCUUAUGAGUAUGUGAUAGAUUUAUGUAAAAAUACAAUUAAUUUAUGUGUGUUGUUAGGUUUUAUCGCCUGUAUGUAUAAGCAAAUAAUGAUGAUAAAAAAAAUGUAACUAUUUAUAUUAUCUUAGAUUUAAUUACAAACAUACAGGUACUGUUGUACAAGAGAUAAAUGAGAUACAACUGUGCGGUUGAUAUUUUUAUACAAGUUCAAAAUUAGAAAGUUUUGUCUUAGGAAAGGUAUACCAGUUAACAAUACAAUCAGUGUGUCACUGGAUCAGGAAGUAUUUCUAUAGGUCUUUGCUAAGAAAACUAUUAAAUAAGUGCUUAACGUAUAUUUAAAUUUCUCAUACCUAAUUUUUGCUGGGAAUCUUCUAUUAUGAACAGUAAAACUUACUUCUUUUUUUUUAAAUCUUUUUGUUGUAUACUUGCAAUACUACGAGAAUGAGAUUUAUGAAAUAUUUUUCAUAAGUAUUUAAUACUAUGUUUAUUUUUUAUUUUUUAUUUUUUUCAAACAACCUAUCUCCAGAUAUGUUAGAAAACACAAUGAGAAUUGCCUUAUAGUGAAUAUCAGGGAAUAUCUUAUAUUAAGGUUUCUUGCUCUGGGUACAUUGCAUGCACUCUGAUAGAUCACUUUUCUUAAAAUAUUGGUUAAAAUAUUGACUUAGUAAAUUAUAUGUGGGGUAGUAGUGGGAAAUAGAAGACUGUUGUAAAAGGUUCUAAAUAGAGCAAGAAAUCUUAAUAGAGGUAGAUUUGCUUACACCCCCUAAACACACACAUACAUACAUGUAUACACACAUAUAUUCAUUCAUUGUAGUCCUUUUCAUGUAUACAGGUGUGUAUGUACUGUAAGUAUGAAAUUGGGAUCCCUUGAAAAUUUGUCUGUGAUUAAGAAUUAGUCCCUUUUUCCAAUGACUGUAAAGUGUUGCCCAGUGCCUUGUAUUGUAUGUAAAUCGUACUCUUAUUACUGCCUUCUUUUAUUUAAUUGCACUACAAAAACUUCCUGUAUUGUAAUGAUAUCUUGUCAGGUUCUUGCACAUAGAAUUAGUGCAGGUCUUAAUGUGCCAUCUUGGUUACUCAUGUAUUAUAGACAUUACCAUGCAGUGAGAUCAGAUUGAUUGAUCAAAAGCACUUGCUCCCUCAGUCAUUUUAAUGGAAGCAUCAAUGUUACUGCAUGUAGUAAAUCAAGAGUAAUGUAUUUCACAAAAAAACUGGUUUAUGCCGAGCUUCCCUCCCUACUGUAUUCACAUCUUCCAAGAGUAUAUAUUAAUGUAUUGUUGUAACAGGGUUAUUAUAGAAAAGAAGUAUGGUACUAUGGUCAUCUUUUCAACUGGAGAUACAUUUCUUACUUUGGCCAAAAUGCCACAUUCCACAUUUUAUUCUGAGUGUGAAAGUCUGUUGUACAGUGGAUGUAGCCUGUUUAAUAUCCUUUUUUUCCUUUUUAGGGUUGUAUAUAAGUAAACGUAUUUAAGUAGUGUGGUAGUUCUCUUCAUUCAGAAGUAUUUAUAAGAAAUAAAACAACUAGGAAAUGCCCCAACAUAAUGGCAAAAAUUAAAAUUAAAAAUGCCUACAUCAUUUACUAAAAGUGCCUUCUGUUGUGAUAAAAAUCAUUAAUACGGACACAGAAUUAUUACACAAUUGUAGAUGAAAAGGUUAACACUAAAAUGUCACAAUUUUUUUUUUAGACCUAAUGGAAGUUUUUUUUCAUGUCUUUUUUUUUCUUUCUUUCUUUCUUUUCUUUUCUUCUCUUUUCGUUUCUCUUCUCUUCUCUUCCCUUCCCUUCCCUUCCCUUCCCUUCUUCUUCUUCUUCUUCUUCUUCUUCUUCUUCUUCUUCUUCUUCUUCUUCUAAUAGUUAGCUCAGACCUCAAUAGCCAGUUCUUGGUUGCUGUUCCGUUUGGUGCUGUUUAACUAAUGUAUUUCACAGUUGUUAUUGGUUGUAUAUGCGUCUUGUGUCUCUUGAUGAUGAUAAGUAAAAUCCAGUUAUGUAUAUUGUUUAUAUAACUUGUUAUAAAUGCAAAGUAAAUGUAA